CAGGUUCUGGGCGGUGACCAACGUCGACUACAUCCACCAGAGGUCACCCCGGCGGGUGGGCGGGAUGAUCGCCGUCAUCUGGGCGGUGUCCUUCCUGAUCUCCGCCGCCCCCAUGAUGGGCUGGAAGGAUCCUGAUUGGCACGAGCGCCUCCGCAAUAAGACUUGCAUCAUAUCCCAGGACCUGGGCUACCAGAUCUUCGCGACCAUCACGUCCUUCUACCUGCCGCUGGCGGUGAUUCUGGUGCUCUAUUGGCGCGUGUACCAGGCGGCGCGGAAGCGCAUUAGGCGGAAGAUUGGCACCAAUGCGCAGUCUGCGCUCUGCCGCGGCCCCGUCACCAUCAGCGAGACGACUACCUUUACCAGGAUGUCGUCGCAGCCCUCGCCGGAGAAGACUUCUAAUGGCAGCACUCUCAACGGCCAUCCGAUUGACGGCAGUCGAGAGGAUUCGACGUCGGGGGCAGCUGCCGCAGGCGCCGCAGCCUCGCAGGUCGUGCCGCGGCACCUGCGGCGGCGGGAAUUCGAGUCGCGGAAGGAGCGAAAGGCAGCCAAGACGCUGGGGAUUAUCACAGGCGCCUUCGUCAUGUGCUGGCUGCCGUUCUUCAUCCUGGCGGUGCUGAUGCCCAUUUGUACCGUGUCGUGCAACUUUAACCCUUAUCUCAUCGCCACUUUCCUGUGGCUGGGGUACUUCAACUCCACCCUCAACCCCAUCAUCUACACCGUCUUCAGUCCGGAGUUCCGCAACGCCUUCAAGAGGAUAUUGUGCGGCCGUAAGAGGGCUUUCCAGCGGCAGUCUUCGCGGUUCUCUUCGGUGAGGUUCACGCGGUCAUAGCAGAGCGUGGUGCCGGGGGGACGGCGGUUGGGCAGGGGGCGGGCCCUCUGCCCUACUGCCACCCUGGGUCUAGCGGCUGCCACCCACCUGGCCAGCCUGCCACCCAUCACAGAGUCCACGCUGUGAACCGCAUGCCGCAUGCGGUUCACAGUGUGGGCCGCCGUCGCCCCCCUCUUCGGUAUAGGGGCGGCGGCCCCCCUUCCCCACGGCACCACAUCCACAUUCUCAAGUUAACCAAACUAUUCUGCUACUAUGUAGUUCUGUACAGUUUCUGGCGUCUGUGUUCUAAGGUUAUAUGAACUUUGUAUUAUCUAUGGUGCUGUAAUUCUGUAAGAGACUCACUCAACGUUUGUAAAUACGUGUGUUUGGACAGUUGAUAUCUGGCACAAGUCAGCCACACACCUGUAUACAUGUGUUUGCUUCAGCCGGUGCGCUCGACAAUCAUGACUUGCUCCUAGACAUAUCUAUAUAUAUAUAUAUAUAUAUA